AUUGUAUAACGCCAUAUCCGCUAGGAACGUAGCUUGUUAGCUUACAGCGUCUGAGUACACGUGUUAUUAAAUUAUAUAAUAGCCCAGUUUUAUUUACAAGUGAUUAAAAUUGUUACAUUAGGAAUAAGUAUCUUGAACUUAAUAUAAAGCGUCAUAGAUCAUGGUGGGAUCACGUGUCUAUGUUGGCGGUCUGCCCUUUGGUGUACGGGAAAGAGAUUUAGAAAAAUUCUUUAAAGGAUUUGGAAGGAUCAAAGACAUUCUUAUCAAGAACGGUUAUGGAUUUGUGGAAUUUGAAGAUUAUAGAGAUGCAGAUGAUGCUGUCUAUGAAUUAAAUGGAAAAGAACUCCUAGGAGAAAGGGUGGUGGUGGAGCCGGCGAGGGGCAUCGACCGCAGCGCAGACCGCUACCGUCGCGACCGCUACUACGAACGAGACCGCGGCCGGUCGCGAUACGAUGACUACAAUUACAGAUACGGCCCGCCGACGCGCACGGAGUAUCGACUUAUCGUCGAAAAUCUGUCUAGCCGCAUUAGCUGGCAGGACUUGAAGGAUUAUAUGCGCCAAGCCGGCGAAGUAACUUACGCAGAUGCGCAUAAGCAACACAGAAAUGAAGGCGUGGUCGAGUUCGCGACUCACUCCGACAUGCGCGCGGCAAUGGAGAAGUUGGACGGCACGGAACUGAAUGGGCGUCGCGUCCGGCUCGUGGAGGACCGACGCUCGUCGCGCCGCCGCACGCGCUCGUCGUCCAGCCGCUCGCGCUCGCGCAGUCGGGAGAGACGCCGCUCCAGUAGAUCUCGUUCCCGCCGAUCGUCCCGCUCGCGCUCCAAGUCUCGCCCGAAGAGCAAGAGUCCCGAAGCCAAGUCCCGGUCGAGAUCCAGAUCUAAGUGUGUUAUUUCAUGUGCUGAGCAAAAUUUAAAAUCGGAUCGCAGCCGUUCGAGAUCAGCUUCCCGUAAGUCCGAGCGUCGGUCAGAGUCCCGCCAGUCCCGCGAACGCUCCGUCUCCCACAAAUCACCCGACCGCAACGGAAGAACGUCGCCGUCCCGCUCAAAGUCAAAGUCAAAGUCCAAGUCCAAGUCCCGCUCGCCGAAACAUGACUCCAAGGAGAGAUCUCGCUCCCGCAGCAAGGACGCAGCUUCACCGAAACGUGAGGAGGAACGCCGCGAAAGCAAGUCCCGCUCUCGCUCUCGAUCUCGGUCGGCGUCCCGCGAGCGCUCCAUGUCCCGCGACCGGUCCCGCUCGGCCUCCCCGCGACCGAAUGGUGACGCGCCCGAAGAACGUGCCAGCGCUGAACGCUCUCCGCGCAGCGGCGAAUAAGACUAGAUUUAAGACUUCUAAUUAUAUUUCAUACAUAUGUGUAGUUUGUGAUCUCGUGACUUAAUUUCCUUUUCGACGGUCCUUUUGAUGGCUUCGGUCCUAAAUUGAACGGUGACGCGUUGUCCUCGCGAUUUGAUCUAAAUAAUGUUUUUAUAAAAGGUCACGGAUAGAUUAUGGAAAUGUCAUUGUGGGCUAGUGAAUGUUGUUGUAAAAUGCACAUUGUAGGCAGUAAGUGAUUGAGAAAUAUUUAAUUUACUGAUAUUUUACUGCUUAUAAAUACUUUAAAAUAUCCUAAUUUAGUUUUUAAUUUUAUGAGAUGUGCAAUUCUAAUUCCUAAACAGUAAAGUUUGUGAAUGAGGAGAUAUUUUAAUAAGUGAUUUUAAUUAAAAUCUUUCUAAAAUUGACAAAUUGCUACUGAGAAAUAGUACAUUUAUUUGCCUUUUAUAUAGGUAAUUAAAAUUAAUUGUCAUUGACAACCUUAUUAAAAUAGGUUAAGGUAUUUUGUAAAUACUGUAUUGUUUAUAAGGCACCAAAAAAUAAAUAAGGUUUUAA